UUUCCGGUGAAACAGUCGCAUCCCGAAACAGCUAUGGUUUGUGCGCCUACUUGUACCCGAAAGCGGACGCUUGAUUUCAGCUGCAAGUACCGAAAUCUUGAAAAGUUUUCGGCAGAUGUGGAGCACUUUUUGGAGGAGUACGAUCGCAUCGUGGAGCAUGUAACAGCAUACCAUCGUAGCUAUCGACGCGAGCUGAGCCAUCUGUACGAAGAUAUCGAGCUGUUGUUGCAGAAAUUCAGCUACAUUCAGUCCAACGGUGUCCGGGGGCAAUUGUUCAUGGAGAAGUUCUGCUGUGGCGUGCUGUUUGACGAUUGUGAAGAACUGAGGCAACAUUACGUUCUGUUUCAUAAUUACGCUCGAAUUCUUCAGCCAACCAUUGUGCAACUUCAAUCCGGCCAUGGUAAAAUGCAAUACUUUCAUCGACGUUUGCUAGAGUACACGUGCUAUGGCACGGAGUCGACUGCCGUACUGCUGGCCAACCUCAAGAAAAUCGCAAAGAACAUGCGCCAAACUUUGGAACGUAGCCCGAAGUGGUAGUGUACCGUUUGAACAAAGCGAAGAAUAGAAUGUGUACUAAUUUUAAACACAGAACAAAUAAACCGCACAUCCAUUGGGAUUUGCGCAGUAAA